AUGGAUGGAAAAAAAAUACAGCGUCUCGGUACCAGAGGCAUUUGUAGCCAGGUUGAACUCAACAGAUCAAGAAGUGAAAAGGGAUGCUCAGCAAGAGCUUGUUCUGCUUAUGAGAAAUGCUGAUGCAAUUUCUGAUACAAAUCAAAACAGUUUGGAUAACAGCAAGGAAAUCGAAGAAAGCAGUGAAACAGAUCCUCCAUUGGCCAAGUCAUGGCGAGAAGAUGAAGCUAGGGCCCUGCUUCUCCAUCGCAUUAGCAUGGAUGGUGAAUUUAGGUCCAUGAAAACACACAAAAGCUUGUGGAAGCAGAUUUCCACAAUGCUUAAAGAACAAAAUAUUACUGCGACUCCAGAUCAAUGUGACAACAAGUUUAAGGCUAUGAAAAAAGACUAUAAGUCUGCCAAAGACCACAACAAUAAGAGUGGUAAUGGAACGAAGACUUGCCGUUUUUUUGAGGAGUUUGAUCAGCUGUACGGCUGUAGAGCAGGAACUACCCCAGAGGCUACAUUGUGUAGUCUUUCUGUCGAUGACACCUCUACAAGUACACCACAGAGGAAAAAGAUGAGGAAAAGGCCAGCAGCAUCCUCAACAAGUGUCUUGGAGCAAAUUGAAAAAAGGUGUCUCAGUGAUCUUCCAGCAGAUGUUUUUGUUUCAAUUUUGUGCUAUUUGUCACCAGAAGACUGUUGUAACUUAGCCCAAACAAAUAAGCACUUGAAACAUAUUAUCUACAGAAGCCGAACACAUUUACAUGUUAUGGCAGAUGAUCUUCUUAUAGAAACACUGUUAGAAAUGGAAGGUCUCGAGGUAUUGAAAAUAAAUAAGGAUGUUUUCAACAAGUUUUAUAAAUCCCAACACCUUGCAACCAUUGCCAAAAUAUGUGAGGCUAUCGAAUUAGGAGCCCUUCAAAAAUUAAAAAGAAUAGAGUUUGUUGGAAUAGAGGUUUUGUCAUGUAUGAAUCUGCUGGCCAGUUAUCUAGCUAGAUUACCAUUGUUGACGGCAUACUCACAAACCCAUACCUCAUGCCUCUCACCAGCUCAAGUAUUAUUGUUUUUGAAAAACAUUCCAUCUUUAAGAUUUAUUGUUGGAUCUGUCCUUGUCGCAGAGGAGGACAAGAUUUGGUGGGCAAAACUACUAAAUGAACUUGUAGGCCAAGUUACAUUUGGCCACAGUAUCAUAGACACCAUCCCUGCAAAAAUGCUGUGUUGUGACAGAAGUGCAUAG